CUUUGCUGAGUGCGCGGGAUUGCCUGGCUCGCGAUUGCGAUCAUCGAUCAUCAGCCGCGCGAAGGUCCUUCGGAUCCAGGAACGGAAGUUUUCCUUGAGUUUUUUUUGUGUUGUUCGAUUUGGUUUGGUUUUAUCAGGACCAGCAGGAUAAAGAUGAAGUGCCUCGUACUGGUACAUUUGAUCGCCCACAUCCUGCUCGCCGGUUCCUCGCCCGACGAUGAGUGGCAUUAUCCUUCGCCGGACCCAAAUGGAGAGAUCAACGAACCGGAAGCAUGGGGCGGCCAGUGCGACAGUGGCCGCCGUCAGUCACCGAUUGCCCUGGGCAGGGCGGCAGCGGUGCGUGGCGAGUUCGGACCGCUGAUCUUCAACAACUACAAGCUACCGAUCCGGCAGGCCCAGCUCACCAACACCGGCCACUCGGUGCAGGUGAACAACAAUGACACGCUCGUCACGAUACAGGGCGGCGGGCUGCCGGGCCGGUACGUGCUGGAUCAGCUGCACUUCCACUGGGGCUCGGAGCACACGAUCGAUGGCGUCCGGUAUGCGCUCGAGCUCCAUCUCGUCCAUCACCACACCCAGUACCCGACGCUCAACGAUGCGGUCGCCUUCAAGAACGGGGUCGCCGUGAUCGGUGUCCUGUUUCACGUGGCCGACCAGCCCAACAUGCACAUCGGCACCAUCCUCGAGACGGCCAUCGACAUCCGGAGCGUGGCCGGGAAGGUGGCCCCGCUGAAGGGGAAGCUGGCACCGAACAGUUUGCUGCCGGCGAACCGCACCACCUACUUCCGGUACGAGGGUUCACUAACGACACCGGCCUGUGCCGAGUCCGUCCUCUGGACGGUCUUCACCGACAGUGUGCCACUGUCGCUCGACCAGGUCGACCAGUUCAAGGUGAUCCACGAUCAGUCCGGCCACGAGCUGGUCAACAACUACCGCUCGGUGCAGCCACUGAACGCACGCUCGCUGGUUUACGCCCGGGAAUGGGCCCGAACCGUGGGCGAAAGUGGCAGCGGUGCCAGGGCGGGGGUUACGGUUCCGGCUGGUCUGUUGUUGCUUCUACUGCUGCUGCCGUUAGCGUCUGUGAAGGGCUGUGUGCUGUGAUAAUGCGGAAUGGUUUAAUAAAUGAAAGCUAAACUGAAAACUCCCGAAUGGGAUCCACCGUCGUCCAUCAACCACCGAUCAACCGAAUCGAUCCCGAGGACCCGAGCCUCGCGAAAAACACAUUUGCUCCGUGCUCGCUGUAGCAUCCGAUUCCGUCGCAGUGCAGUGUCUCAUCGAGGUGAUAUAGAUAAGCGAUGGAAUAUUCCGUUCGCGCCGAUAACAGGGCGAUGGAGGCGCCUGACGCCGAGCGAUUCUCAGUUGCGGUUCAGUGUUUUGAAACUAAGCUUCGGAAACGCCCAAUACUAUUGAUCAUGAAUUGCUACAGUAAACUGAUUGACGUCAAUUUAUGCAGUACGUGUAGCGUCAAUAAACCGCGGCCAAUGAAAUGGGCGAUUUUCAGCAUGGUGUCGCUCAGAUUAAACACCAGAAAAGGAAGUAAAAAGCAUAUAUCCACACCCCUA